UUCAGGCAUGGUUUAUCACCUGAAUUAUUAGUCAAUUAGAGCUUCACGUUGUCAUGUAGCAAAUGACAAAUGAAAGACUAGCGAGAAACAGCGAACAAACACGAUGCCCUAAUUUCACUUGGCUUGUAUGAGAACCGUCUAGCCAUUUAUGUAACGCAUUUUAAUUUUUUGGGAAGACAAAAAUACUAAGCACAAAUUUCCUGCUUCUCACAUUUGCGUGGAAUAUGGUGACACCACAAGACAUCGCUAUAAUUAUUGAAAUAGAAUGCCAACAUACUUAGAUAGACUUGUCUUUCCUUCUCAGCUGUCAAAAUGGUGCGGAGCUUAGUGACGCCGUCCGAAUGACUUCGUAGCUAGCCAAUCAGGACGCAUUAUGUUCAUGUGUUUAAUUUUUCAUUCAUUAUCAGCAUUUAUAUGAGGAGUGCAACAAAAAAGCAGGUUUUCUUUAAGCUUGUGAAGCUGUUAUUACUGUGAUGAAACUAAAGAAAAAAAAAGUUGCGUUACAACAGAGCUUGAUGGGGAUGACAGUACAAUCCCUCCCUUUUACUUCCCUUGGGUUGUCAGAGUACGAUGAGGUAACCUUCGAUUUCCGUGAACACAACUUAUGAUGGUACUUUUAUCAAGCUGGUCACCCUUCAUCUCACUAGUAAUAGUAAACUAAAUAGUACUAACUGAUAAUGAAAUAAAAACUGCCAUGCUUUCUGUUUAUGGUUUAAUUGAGUGCAUGAUUAUAAUUAUUAAAUUUUCAUACAAUAUGAUCAUAUGGCAAUGCGCAAUCAUUAGCCAUCAUAAGCAAAGCAAGUGGAAAAAAAAGAUCUAAAUUUAAUAUUACACUGAAGUUUGUUUUUUAGGACCAAUUUAUGUGACAUGGUUUUGAAAGGUGGAAGGCAUGAAACAGUACUAAUAAUUCAAAAUAAAGAUUAAUUUGCAACUAUGGACUGAGCAGUCACGGAGCUGAGCUCCAAAGUCGUGUCAACCGUUAUGAUAGAUUGUACCAAAACUGAACAGUAUUAUGCGUUCGACUCUGGAUUGUGCGUCGUCUUGAAAGACGAAAAUACUACGGAAACUAAAGUUAAAAGGGAUCCGAGGACGUGUUGGUUAAUAUCGGUCCAGACAGUACUAGUCAUUUGGAAUACGUGCAAAGAAGUGUGUAACAAUAUGGGUAUUUUAGGAAAUAAAAUAAAAGAUAGAGAGAGGGAUAAAACAUGUUGAUAUUUUGACCGUGGUUCCUUUAAGCCGAGUUAUUGUUCUGUCGAAUCUGCUGUUUACGGUUCAUGUUACGGCGGCUAUACCCGUGUGCAGUGCCUCGCUGUCUGCAGAUAUUUAAUAAUUGUGCUUUUGAUGUGUGUGUUGGUAGAUAUCGAACGCAUUCUUGGCCGUUAGAGAGUAGACAACAGUGGCUGGCAAGAUAUUCUGUCAGUGGUGUCUUCACGAGUACGUAAAUUUACAGGAAGAACACAAGUGUAGUUGGCACACCAGAUGACCGUGGGCGUGAGAAACGGGCGGGAGGGUGGCGCUGUCUGUCGCGCCCGUGAUCCGCUUCGGCGUCACGUCUCUCUCGCCGCGACAGGAGGGCCCGUGUGGACUCACCGUGCUGGCUGCGGCAAGACAAAUGGUGGCUGUUGUGCUAUUGGUGUUGGCGACAGCGGCACUCUGUGUUGCUUUGGGAGGCUCACCCAAGACGACGACUGUAAAUCUGUCGGCGGUGACUUAUGUGACGCAAGAGAAGAGUCGCCGGUGCCCCAGGCAGGCGAAAUGCAAUCUUCCCGCCUAUCGUCACCACCCUUGUUGCCAGUCCCAGCCCUCACCUUACACUCCUCCCCAGCCUUUACCUAACGCUUCACGCGAGUUGUUACCUUACCCUCCUCUCCAGCCACUACCAAUACUUAAUCGGUGUCGCAGGAAUACUAACUGUACCACUUCACCAGUUGAUCCGCGUCCUUGUCAACCCAACUGCAGUUUGAUUAUCUACCGACAAAAUCCAUGUUGUCAACCGCAGCCCCUACCUUAUCCCCCUCCCCAGCCCCUGCCUUAUCCCACUCCCCAGCCCCUGCCUUAUCCCCCUCCCCAGCCCCUGCCUUAUCCCCUUCCCCAGCCCCUGCCUUAUCCCCCUCCCCAGCGUCCGUCAUAUCCUCCUCCCCAGCCUUUGCCUUAUCCUCUUCCUCAGCCUCCGCCUUACCCUCCUUCCCAGCAGCCACCAUCGGUACACCCGUGUCCCUUGGAAAUUGACUGCUCUAUGCCGAACUAUAUCCCAAGCCCCUGUUGCCAGUUCCAACCUCUUCCUUAUCCACUUCCCCAACCUCAACCUUAUCCUACUCCCCAACCUGAACCUUAUCCUCUACCCCAGCCUCUACCCUACCCUCUUCCGCAGCCUAUAACUUACCCUACCCCACAGCCCCUCCCUUACCCUACUCCCCAGCCUCUUCCUUAUCCUCCUCCCCAGCCUAUACCUUAUCCAGUCAGUCGGUGUCCUUUGGAGACUAACUGUAAUAUCUACCCAAGUCCAGUAUGUUGCCAUUUCCAGUCUCAGCCCCAGCCGCAGCCUAUAAUCGACACUCUCGCACCGCCUCCAGCAACAUGGAUCCCCCCGUACAUGCCCCCUAAAACAAAAGCAGGGUCCACCACCAUGGAUGAAACGGCGUUUGAAAACAUUACGGAUCCUGUUAUGGUUGUGGUGGCUCCUCCCGAACCCGUCCAGCCAUGGUACCCGCCGCCGAGAUCGUUCGGGUGUGGGAUGUACAAGCCGUGUGGUAGGUGCCCUCCUCCACCCCCAGUGCCGCUUCCAUGUCCCUACCAGGCAAACCGACGUGUCCGCCGCCGCGCGCAACGGCGGUGCCUCGUGGACGGCCACUGCCCGGAAGGAAGCUCUUGCUGCCGUAGUGGAUGCAGUGUCGGGGGGAGCGUCUGUGUCCCUAGCGCCCAGUCUCCGUCACCAGGCCAGCGCCCUAAUGCGGUGAAGGUGAGUGUGGUGAUGACUUCCGCCAGCAGUCAAGCUCUCUGGUUCCUCAAGACCCAGAUGGCACCCUUUGUACACGCCCUGCCGCACUUGCUGGACCUCGAGCUCAUCCCGUACGGCAGUGUGACUGAGGACGGGGAGUGCCAGUUUGGUCUCGGGGACUGCAUGGGCAACUGGAUGGUGCUGUGCGCUGGGCAGCACCUGUUUAACACCACCGCUGCUCACUUGGCCUUCACCACCUGCCUCAUGGACCAUACCGUCGUACUUCAAGAUGACAACUUCACCGCUAUCAUGGACGCCGCUGUGCAGUGCGCCGUGGAUUUCCCUGACAAGAUUGUCGACCUGUACAACUGCGGAGUGAGCGAGGAGGGUUACCAGCUUUUUAAGGACGCUGGGCAGAGGCAGCAGGAGCUGGCGGCUGUCGUGACGGAAGUGCCUUUGGUGGCCCUCAAUGAGGUGGCGGUGGUGAUGCACGGCAGCCAGAUGGGUCAGUUCCCGGAGUUGCUGUGCCGGGAGCUGCAGGAGGAAUCCUCAGCCCAGGAGUAUUGCCGGCUCAUUCAAGCGAGCCAGCGGGAGGUGAAUUCCCGUGAGUAAUGGCUUUGUGCCUGCUCAAUCACGCCAGAGGCUCGCUCACCACUCCUGUGUUCCUCCCUCACAACCGUGCUUGGAAGGCUGGCUUGGUUAUCUCAGACGACACUGGUGACACCCAGUUUUUUUCUGCAAGUUCACUUAUAUACCGGGGAAAAACAUUGUAAAUAUAUGAAGUUCUUGUU